AAUGCACGGAUUUUAGUUGCUUUGUCCUUCUGCGGAUGGUUCGAACGUUGAGAAUAUUUUGCGGCGACUACUGUGGAAUUUGGAAUUGAGUGCAGCGUUGCAUUUUCUGAUCUUGACACCUUUUGGAUUCUUUCUCUAAACAUGGGAGUCGAGGAUUUCUCUCUUCGCCGUCUGAUGUAUGUUUUUGUCGUCUUUGCUCUAACGCGCCUCGUCGGCGGAGAUCUGAGCUACUCUCUUCCAGAGGAAAUGAAACGCACGUCUGUUGUUGGAAAUUUAGCAAAAGAUCUGGGUGCGGAUCCGAGGACGUUGUCUGCACGAAAUGCUCGCAUUGAUGUUGAAGGGACAAGUAAGCAAUAUUGUGUGAUUAAUCUGAGCACGGGAGAUUUGAUCACAGAGGAGAGAAUUGACAGAGAGAGCCUUUGUGACAAAAAACCCUCAUGUGUGAUAAAAUUGGAUCUGGUUUUAGAAAAUCCUCUUGAGCUUCAUCGCGUGAGUCUUCAUAUUCAAGAUGUCAAUGACAACUAUCCCAAAUUUAAAAAGAAUUUGAUUGAAAUGGAAAUUAGUGAGUCUGCAGAAAAGGGCAGUCGUUUCUCCAUUGAGAAGGCUCAUGAUGCAGAUAUAGGCCAAAAUGCAGUUCAAAGAUACAGUCUACAAAGAAAUGCGAACUUUAUGCUUGCUGUUGGCAACAACAAGGUUGAGCUUGUCUUAGAAAAUAAACUGGACAGAGAAAAGCAAAGUGAGAUGAAUUUGCUUCUCACAGCUUUAGAUGGUGGCUCUCCUGAGAGAUCAGGUACGGUAGUUAUACACGUCACUGUGCUGGAUGCUAAUGAUAAUGCUCCAGUGUUCAGCAAAGCCAUUUAUAAAGCUAGUCUGCCUGAAAACUCUCCUCCAGAUUCAAUGGUAAUUAAAGUUAGUGCAACUGAUGCUGAUGAUGGAGUGAAUGGAGAGGUGACAUAUGACUUUGGCCACAUCUCAGAUGAUUAUAUUGAUGCAUUUUCUAUUGAGCCGACAACAGGUGCAAUUAAAGUAAUGCGUUUAAUUGACUUUGAAGAGAAAACUUCGUAUGAGAUGAGUGUUGAAGCUAAAGAUGGUUUGGGGCUUACAUCCUACAGUAAAGUUAUCAUAGAUAUCACUGAUGUAAAUGAUAACGCUCCUUUGAUCAAUUUAAAAUCACUAUCUAAUCCAGUACCAGAGAACGUGUCCCCUGGCACAGAGGUGGGCAUCAUUAAUGUGCAGGACAGAGACUCUGAAAAGAACGGACAGGUCCGCUGCUUCAUUCAACAAAAUGUCCCAUUCAAGCUAGUUCCUUCCAUUAAAAACUAUUAUUCUCUGGUGAUGACUGGGCCUCUUGACCGCGAACUAGUGUCAGACUACAACAUUACAAUCAGCGCCACUGACGAGGGCACUCCUCCUCUGUCCUCGUCAAAAAGCGUCCACUUGUCCGUGGGAGACAUCAACGACAACCCGCCCGUGUUUGAGGAACAGUCCUACAGCGCAUAUGUGAGUGAAAAUAACCAAGCUGGCUCCACCUUAUGCUCUGUCAGUGCUCAAGACCCCGACUGGAGACAGAACGGCACCGUCAUUUAUUCUCUCAUACCUGCUGAGGUGAACGGCGCCCCAGUGUCCUCCUACGUGUCUGUCAACGGAGACACGGGGGCAAUCCACGCCGUCAGGUCCUUUGACUACGAACACCUGAGGAGUUUUCAACUCCUCGUGAUGGCCAGAGACAAUGGCUCUCCUCCACUGAGCAGCAACGUGAGCGUCAGAGUGUUCAUCUGGGACGUGAAUGACAAUUCUCCUCAGAUCCUGUACCCGGCCCCGGAGGGCAACUCCUUCAUGACCGAGCUGGUCCCCAAAGCUGCACAAGGAGGUUCUGUGGUGUCCAAAGUGAUUGCGGUGGAUGCUGACUCAGGACAGAACGCCUGGCUGUCCUAUCACAUCCUCAAGUCCACAGAUGCGGGACUUUUUACCAUCGGUCUUCACAGCGGAGAGAUCAGGACCCAGCGGGACAUUUUGGAGUCCGACAGCAUGAAACAGAAUCUGAUCGUGGCCAUCAAAGAUAACGGACAGCCCCCUCUCUCGGCCACCUGCUCCAUGUAUUUGCUUAUCUCGGAUAACCUGGCCGAGGUGCCGGAGCUGAAGGACAUUUCUUACGACGAGAAGAACUCCAAACUGACCUCUUAUCUGAUCAUCGCGCUGGUGUCCGUGUCCACCUUCUUCCUGACCUUCAUCAUGGUGGUCCUGGCUGUAAGGUUUUGUCGCAGGAGAAAGCCCAGACUUUUGUUUGAUGGAGCAGUUUCCAUCCCCAGCGCGUAUCUGCCUCCUAAUUACGCAGAUGUGGACGGCACGGGAACUUUACGCAGCACCUACAACUAUGACGCCUACUUGACAACGGGCUCGAGAACCAGUGACUUUAAGUUUGUGUCUUCCUACAAUGACAACACGCUGCCUGCUGACCAGACUCUGAAGAAAAGUCCAAGUGAUUUUGCGGAUCCCUUUGAAGAUCUGGAGACUUCCUCAGAGGUAGGAUAA